GAAACGAGUAUUUUUUGUUGAAAUUGUACAGCUAAGUAGCAACAGAAUUGUCGAUAAAACUAAAUAAUGUCGAUUAGUAGGCCGAUAGCAGCAGUUUUUAGAAGAAUCGUAAAACUUAGUAACUUGGAAUCACCAACAAAAUAUGUUUAACAUUGCGAGAGUCAGUUUUGUUCAUGUGUUAUACGUGGUGUAUUAUGGGAUUCUAUGGUGGAGGCUUGGAUUAACCCUUGAUUCGUUUUCAAGUUUUCAUAAGACCACUACAGUUGCAAUGGGUGUAGUAUUGUCAUUAGCAUUUAUCGUGGUACAAAUUAUUAUGAUUUUAUGUGCACUGGUGAAAAAGAGUCACUUUAUUAUUAAACAAACGUGGUGUCAUUUUCCAAUGUUGAUGUUUAUUUUACUGACCAUUGCACCUUAUGGUAUUUAUCUUCACCAUCAGUACAUGGCUAUCAAUCCAUUCUUCAGCAGCAAAUCUGAAAUGAACAAAACAGUUGAUGGCCAUCAUGAAAUUUCUUGCUUUGACCUCCAGUUACCAAAGUUUGAUUUCUUUGUGAUCCAAAUCGCUUUACCUGUUCUAGUUGUUACCUACUUAUUGUAUCCUUUCCCUGACAGAAAUUAUAAGCAUGGUGAAGUUUUUGCCGUUGCAAUUGAAUUCUUAAACGCCUUUGACAUAAUGGAUUUAGUAUUGGAUAUCGGUUGCGUACAGAAAUAUUCGACAGGUUGGAUUGUAUUAUUUUACAUCGCUCUUGGUAUGUCCACUGUAUUACUAGCAUUUCCUGUGAGAUUACAGGAAGAUGAUAAGGAUGAUCCACAUGCAUUGAGAGUUCUUGGCUCCAUACUAACACUUGUGUUUACGGACAUUUUCUUUUGUACCAUAAGAAUAGCUGUUAUGUACCACGAAAAGAAUUUACAAACAGGAUUUCAUUUUUUCAUGAAGAAUUUGUUAGCUGCUAUUGUGCGUCCGUUUUUAAUUGUAAAAGGGUGCAAAGAAUAAAUUUAUUGAGUAAAAAACACCUUUCUAUCUUA